AUGAGCACCAUCAUCGCCAUCAUCCUCACCGGCGGGCGUAUAUUCCAAGUCGCCACGGCAAUGAUGCCCGAGGGUCUGGCGCCGCCCCCAACCGCUGAGCUUUGCGCGCCGCGCAUGCCAACCAUCGAAGCGCCAUACACGCCCUACCGGUGGGGCCAGGGGAAGGCCAUGGCUCCCUCUGCUGGGGGAGCGAGCACUAAAUCCUCACAGACGCUCCGGCACUGCAGACGUUCAGGGAUGUGCGUCGCAGUCUCAUGGUCGGGCUCAUCGGAGGCCGUGUGUCCGGUCAGUGACCAACACGAGCAGUGA